GAUAUUACCAUAGACAUAUUAAUAUGUCAAUGGUUAUUACCCAUGACUAAAUAGAUAUUAUUAAUAUUAUUAAUAUUACCAAUGAAAAACACAGUUUGCCCGGUUUGCCGGGCUUUUAAACAACACUCUUAUCGCUUACUGAUAAAAAUGUUUUUGAAAUUUGUAAGUAUCUACAAAAAUCAGAAUGUUCUAUUUUAAUCUUGUAUUUCAACGUCAUUUUCAACGCAAUCCCGAACUUCCGCUUAAUACGGUCUGUCGAUUAAUCAUCUAAUCAUUCGGCUAUUGAUGACCAUGGCAGUUACUCUAUACGAAAAACUGAUGAAAAACGCACAACUGUCACAGUGGCGAAAAAUCGUUGCUGAAAACUUAGAUUUGGAUUAUUGCGAGAGAUUUUUGACAACGGCCGAGAGCGCCAAUCUUCUGAAUUACAUGGAGAACAACGUGAGUUACUUCGACGGACGACUUUCGCAAGUGAAAGUUUUCGGACAGUAUUAUACCAUACCCAGGCAGCAAGUUGCGUUCGGCGACGUUGGCGUAUCAUACAAGUUUUCUGGUACAGUUGUACCGGCGCAAACGUGGCCACAACCGCUUUAUGAUCUGAAAAAUAAAAUUUGCACCGCUCGUGGGGUUGAUUACAAUUUCGUUUUAGUCAACAGGUAUAAAAAUGGAGAAGAUCAUAUGGGCGAACACAGGGAUGAUGAAGUAGAAUUGGACAAAACAGUACCCAUUGCAUCUGUAUCUUUGGGCCAAACAAGGAAAUUUGUCCUUAAACAUACCGAUGUACGGAAGAAGAUAAGACAAGUAGAACUUGUAAAAUUAGACUUACAUAACGGUAGUCUUUUAAUGAUGAAUCAGCCUACAAAUGAAUAUUGGUUUCACUCGAUUCCCAAAGAAAAAAAUGCAAAAAAAAUUAGACUUAAUUUCACGUUCCGUAAAAUCAAGUAAAUUAAAUUAAAUUAUUUUUAUACAUUAUACUAGACCAA